GUGAGUCCUUUAUUUACGAGGAUAAGACGAAGAAGAAAGCCGCCUCCUUUUCCGGCUGGGAUACCGGCGCUAACAACAAGUCAAGCUAGGAGGAGCUGUCCCAGUGCACUCGCUGAUAUUUUUCAUCGAACACUGCCGCAGAAAGAGUCGUUUUCACUGCAGGACAUCACUUCCAACUUUUGAACUUGCUGAAAUGGGAGACCCAUCGUUCAACAGAGACUGUCCACUGGACUGCAAAGUUUAUGUUGGAAAUCUUGGAAACAAUGGAAACAAGUCUGAGAUAGAACAGGCUUUUGGAUACUUCGGUCCUUUACGAAGUGUAUGGGUUGCUCGGAACCCCCCAGGCUUUGCAUUUGUUGAGUUUGAAGAUCCCAGAGAUGCCUCUGAUGCAGUGAGAGAACUGGAUGGGAGAACAAUGUGUGGCUGUCGAGUCCGUGUCGAAUUAUCCACUGGAGAAAAGCGUUCAAGAAGCCGUGGUCCUCCUCCAUCCUGGAGUCGACACUCGAGGGAUGACGUCAGGCGCAGAAGCCCUGUAGUUAGACGCAGAUCACCAAGGAAGAGGAGCCUGAGUCGCAGUCGCAGCAGGUCUGUUUCACGAGACAAACGCAGAUAUCGGUCUCUUUCCAGAGACAAGAACCGUAAGCGCUCAAGAUCAUUUUCGCGAUCAAGGAGUCGUUCUCGGUCUAACGACAGAAAAUGAGGACAUCACAAAAUGGCUUGUGUAUGGGAACUCCAAAUUUUUAUAAUCAUGCUUUCUUUUUAGAAUUUUGCCCACUCAAGGUGGUGAUAGGUGUUCAAGAAACUGUUGUUACAGUCAGUUAACAAUAAAGGAUUCUGAUUCUUUCAGCAUGAUUGUUUUGAGUGCACGGUUGAUUUUUUUUUUAAAUGUCUAAAUUUCACAUUUGCCACCUGUUACUCAAUCUUAAGUUUAUGUGUUGGUUUUAUUUUGCUAGUCAUACGUGAUGGGAAAGUCACAAAUGUAAGUUUUGGGGUGCUAUUUAAAGCUACAUCUGUAACUACUUUAUGUUGUCAUAUUCUCAAUACAACACACUAAUGAAGGUAAACAUUUUCGGCAAUAAAUGUUUUUUUUUUCUCAAGAAA